GGGGUAAAUGUAGAGAGUGUCAAUCAAAGGCAGAGCUCUCAGAGCUGGGAAGGAGGCUCUAGAUGGCGGCUGUGCCUUAGAGAGAGCGCGCUCUGCUCCCUGCCUUCGCCUCACUUUACGCAACUUUCCCUAACUUUCGGGCAGCCUCAGGGGGCCCCCGCAGCCCCCUGCCUCUCCUAGUGACUUAUUGGGGUCGAUUCGAACCUUUUUUAGGGAGAAAAGCAGCUUUUAGGAGCUUUCUUUUCGUGCCUUGUUGGAAAGAAGCAGCCGUACUGAGAGCCCAGGUCGUUGUUUUUUCCAGCUUAGAAGCCAUGGCGCACCUCCAUUUUUGUGCGCUCUCCUAAUGAGGUUUUUUUUCUUCGUACCCGUUUUAAUAUUAAUUGUUGCUUUAUUUUUUUUGAACAGUUAACAUAUUUGAGGGCUAUUUUAUUUAUUUUUGGUCUUUUAGCGGAGAAUUUUGUUUUUAUUUUUAAUUAUUUGGGAUCUGAUAUUUUUCUACUACUAGAUAGGACUCUUGCUUUGGACUUACUACAUGGAUCAGUAAAUACCUGGGCACAGGACUUCAAAGCAAACACAGAUUCCCCCUCCCCCUUAAUAUUUAAGAAUUAAAAGAUGAUGAGAAAUAAGGACAAAAGCCAAGAGGAGGACAGUUCGCCACACAGCAAUGCAUCGAGUCAUUCGGCGUCCGAAGAAGCUUCAGGUUCGGACUCGGGCAGCCAGUCGGAGAGUGAGCAGGGCAGCGACCCGGGAAGCGGACAUGGCAGCGAGUCAAACAGCAGUUCCGAGUCUUCCGAGAGCCAGUCGGAAUCCGAGAGCGAGUCCGCGGGUUCCAAGUCCCAGCCAGUCCUUCCGGAAGCCAAAGAGAAGCCAGCCUCCAAGAAGGAGCGGAUAGCUGAUGUGAAGAAGAUGUGGGAAGAAUAUCCUGAUGUUUACGGGGUGAGGCGGUCAAACCGAAGCCGACAAGAACCAUCACGAUUUAACAUUAAGGAGGAGGCCAGUAGCGGGUCUGAGAGUGGGAGCCCAAAGAGAAGAGGCCAGAGGCAGCUGAAAAAACAAGAAAAAUGGAAACGGGAGCCCUCAGAAGAUGAACAGGAACAAGGCACCAGUGCAGAGAGUGAACCAGAGCAAAUAAAAGUGAAAGCCAGGAGGCCUGUGCCCAGAAGAACAGUGCCGAAACCUCGUGUUAAAAAGCAACCUAAAGCUCAGCGUGGAAAGAAAAAAAAACAAGAGUCUUCUGAUGAUGAUGAUGAUGACGAUGAAGCUCCAAAAAGGCAGACUCGUCGCAGAGCGGCUAAAAAUGUUAGUUAUAAAGAAGAUGAUGACUUCGAGACUGACUCCGACGAUCUCAUUGAAAUGACUGGCGAAGGAGUGGAUGACCAGCAGGAUAAUAGUGAAACCAUCGAAAAGGUCUUAGAUUCACGGCUGGGCAAGAAAGGAGGUUUGUUGAAACUGAAUCCUUUCGCAGCCACUGGAGCAUCUACUACUGUGUAUGCAGUUGAAGCUAACGGAGACCCAAGUGGUGACUUCGACCCGGAAAAGGAGGAAGGCGAAGUCCAGUACCUCAUCAAGUGGAAGGGUUGGUCUUACAUCCACAGCACGUGGGAGAGUGAAGAGUCCUUGCAGCAGCAGAAAGUGAAGGGCCUAAAAAAACUCGAGAACUUCAAGAAGAAAGAGGAUGAAAUCAAGCAAUGGUUGGGGAAAGUUUCUCCUGAAGAUGUGGAAUAUUUCAACUGCCAACAAGAGCUAGCCUCAGAGUUGAACAAACAGUAUCAGAUAGUAGAAAGGGUAAUAGCUAUGAAGACAAGCAAAUCUACACUGGGUCAAACAGAUUUUCCUGCUCACAGCCGGAAGCCGGCACCUUCGAAUGAACCUGAAUAUCUAUGCAAGUGGAUGGGACUGCCUUAUUCAGAGUGCAGCUGGGAAGACGAAGCCUUGAUAGGAAAAAAAUUCCAGGGCUGCAUCGACAGCUUCCACAGUCGGAACAAUUCAAAAACCAUUCCAACAAGAGAGUGCAAGGCCCUGAAGCAGAGACCACGCUUUGUAGCUUUAAAGAAACAGCCGGCAUAUUUAGGAGGGGAAAAUCUAGAGCUCCGUGACUAUCAGCUAGAAGGCCUCAACUGGCUUGCUCAUUCCUGGUGCAAAAGUAACAGUGUAAUCCUUGCUGAUGAAAUGGGCCUAGGAAAGACCAUCCAGACCAUAUCGUUCCUCUCCUACCUGUUCCACCAACACCAGCUGUAUGGCCCCUUUCUUAUAGUCGUCCCUUUAUCCACCCUCACCUCAUGGCAGAGGGAGUUUGAGAUCUGGGCACCAGAGAUUAACGUAGUGGUUUACAUAGGUGACCUGAUGAGCAGAAAUACGAUACGGGAAUAUGAAUGGAUUCAUUCUCAGACCAAAAGGCUCAAGUUCAAUGCACUUAUUACAACAUACGAGAUCCUCCUAAAAGAUAAGACUGUGCUGGGCAGUAUUAACUGGGCCUUUCUGGGAGUGGAUGAAGCCCAUCGGUUGAAGAAUGAUGACUCUUUAUUGUAUAAAACUCUGAUUGAUUUCAAGUCCAACCAUAGGCUCCUGAUUACGGGGACCCCUCUUCAGAAUUCCCUCAAAGAGCUCUGGUCCUUGCUGCACUUUAUUAUGCCGGAGAAGUUUGAGUUCUGGGAAGAUUUCGAAGAAGACCACGGGAAAGGGAGAGAGAACGGCUACCAGAGUCUUCACAAGGUGCUAGAGCCUUUCCUUCUCCGGAGAGUGAAAAAAGAUGUGGAGAAAUCCCUGCCUGCCAAAGUGGAGCAGAUUCUCAGGGUGGAGAUGUCGGCCCUUCAGAAACAGUAUUACAAAUGGAUCCUGACCAGGAAUUACAAGGCUCUCGCCAAAGGAACUAGAGGCAGCACGUCCGGCUUCCUGAAUAUCGUGAUGGAACUGAAGAAGUGCUGUAACCACUGCUACCUGAUUAAACCGCCCGAGGAAAACGAGAGGGAGAAUGGACAGGAGGUUCUCACGUCCCUGAUCAGGAGCAGCGGGAAGCUGAUUCUGUUGGAUAAACUGUUGACCAGGCUCCGAGAAAGGGGGAACAGAGUCCUCAUCUUCUCCCAGAUGGUGAGGAUGUUGGAUAUCCUGGCCGAGUACUUGACUAUUAAGCACUACCCUUUCCAGCGUCUGGAUGGUUCCAUCAAGGGAGAAAUCCGAAAACAGGCGCUGGACCACUUCAAUGCAGAUGGUUCUGAGGACUUCUGUUUCCUGCUCUCGACAAGGGCUGGUGGCCUGGGAAUCAAUUUGGCUUCAGCGGACACAGUCGUCAUCUUUGACUCUGACUGGAACCCCCAGAACGACUUGCAGGCACAAGCCCGAGCCCACAGGAUUGGUCAGAAGAAGCAGGUAAAUAUUUACCGCCUGGUUACAAAGGGGACCGUGGAGGAAGAGAUCAUAGAACGGGCCAAAAAGAAGAUGGUAUUGGACCAUCUGGUGAUUCAGCGCAUGGACACCACUGGCCGGACGGUCCUGGAAAACAACUCGGGAAGGUCCAAUUCAAAUCCUUUUAAUAAAGAAGAGCUGACAGCUAUUCUGAAAUUUGGAGCAGAGGAUCUUUUCAAAGAACUUGAAGGGGAGGAGUCGGAGCCUCAGGAAAUGGAUAUAGAUGAAAUUUUGCGCUUGGCUGAAACCAGGGAGAACGAAGUGUCAACUAGUGCGACAGAUGAGCUCCUGUCACAAUUUAAGGUUGCCAAUUUCGCCACCAUGGAAGAUGAGGAAGAGCUGGAAGAGCGUCCUCACAAGGACUGGGAUGAGAUCAUUCCGGAGGAGCAAAGAAAGAGAGUUGAGGAGGAGGAGCGGCAGAAGGAGCUGGAAGAAAUUUACAUGUUGCCUCGAAUUCGGAGUUCCACUAAAAAGGCUCAGACAAAUGACAGUGACUCUGAUGCUGAGUCCAAGAGGCAGGCCCAGAGGUCCUCUGCCUCUGAGAGUGAGACGGAUGACUCCGAUGAUGACAAGAAGCCAAAGCGCAGAGGGCGCCCCCGGAGUGUGCGGAAGGACCUUGUAGAGGGAUUUACGGACGCAGAGAUCCGCAGGUUCAUCAAGGCAUAUAAGAAGUUUGGUCUCCCCCUUGAACGGCUGGAGUGCAUAGCACGCGAUGCUGAGCUAGUUGAUAAGUCAGUGGCGGAUCUGAAGCGCCUGGGCGAACUGAUUCACAACAGCUGUGUGUCGGCAAUGCAGGAGUAUGAAGAGCAGCUCAAAGAAAACGCCAGCGAGGGGAAAGGACCAGGAAAAAAGAGAGGUCCAACAAUCAAGAUAUCCGGGGUUCAGGUGAAUGUGAAAUCCAUUCUCCAGCAUGAAGAAGAGUUUGAGAUGCUGCAUAAGUCUAUCCCUGCGGACCCUGAAGAAAAAAAAAAGUACUGCUUAACCUGUCGAGUCAAAGCUGCCCAUUUCGAUGUGGAGUGGGGAGUGGAGGACGAUUCUCGCCUCCUGCUGGGGAUUUAUGAGCAUGGCUAUGGAAACUGGGAGCUGAUUAAAACAGAUCCAGAGCUCAAGUUAACUGACAAAAUUCUGCCGGUGGAGACAGAUAAAAAGCCUCAGGGGAAGCAGCUACAGACCCGAGUGGACUAUUUGCUGAAGCUGCUCAGGAAGAGCCUGGAGAAGAAGGGGGCCGUGUCCGGCGGGGAAGAGGCCAAGUUAAAGAAGCGGAAGCCUCGAGUGAAGAAGGAGAACAAAGCUCCCAGGCUGAAAGAUGAGCAAGGGGUUGACUUUUCCUCUCCUAGACACUCAGAUAACCCGUCAGAGGAGGGGGAAGUAAAGGACGAUGGCUUAGAAAAAAGUCCAAUGAAAAAGAAACAGAAGAAGAAAGAGAACAAGGAGAACAAGGAGAAACAAAUGAGUUCUAGGAAAGACAAAGAUGGGGACAAGGAAAGGAAGAAGUCGAAAGAUAAGAAAGAGAAGCCUAAAGGUGGUGAUGCCAAAUCUUCGAGUAAAUCAAAGCGAUCUCAGGGUCCUGUCCAUAUUACAGCAGGAAGUGAACCUGUCCCCAUUGGCGAGGAUGAGGAGGAUGAUCUGGACCAGGAGACAUUCAGCAUAUGUAAGGAGAGGAUGAGGCCUGUGAAGAAGGCACUGAAACAGCUGGACAAACCCGACAAGGGGCUCAGCGUGCAGGAGCAGCUGGAGCACACCCGGAACUGCUUGCUGAAGAUCGGGGAUCGCAUCGCCGAGUGCCUUAAAGCUUACUCCGACCAGGAGCACAUCAAACUGUGGAGGAGGAACCUAUGGAUCUUUGUUUCCAAGUUUACAGAAUUCGAUGCUCGAAAAUUGCAUAAGUUAUACAAGAUGGCUCAUAAGAAAAGAUCUCAAGAAGAAGAGGAGCAAAAGAAGAAAGAUGAUGUGAUUGGUGGUAAGAAGCCAUUUCGGCCCGAGGCCUCAGGGUCAAGCCGGGAUUCGGUGAUGUCUCAGUCCCACACCCCGCAUGGCUUGCACCCCCAGAAGUCUCACCUACCUGCCUCCCACGGGCCGCAGAUGCACGGACACCCGAGAGACAACUACGGUCAUCCCAACAAGAGACACUUCAGUAACGCAGAUCGAGGGGACUGGCAGAGGGAAAGGAAGUUCAACUACGGUGGUGGCAACAACAACCCGCCGUGGGGAAGUGACAGGCACCAUCAGUACGAGCAGCACUGGUACAAGGACCACCAUUAUGGGGACCGGCGACACAUGGACAGCCACCGGUCUGGGAGCUACCGACCCAACAACCUGUCCAGAAAGAGACCCUAUGACCAGUACAGCAGCGAUCGAGACCACCGGGGGCACAGAGACUACUAUGACAGGCACCACCAUGACUCCAAGCGGCGGCGAUCUGAUGAAUUCAGGCCGCAAAAUUACCACCAGCAGGAUUUCCGACGAAUGUCCGACCACCGCCCCACGAUGGGCUACCACGGCCAGGGACCCUCGGACCAUUACCGCUCUUUCCACACAGACAAACUGGGGGAUUACAAGCAGCCCCUGCCCCCGCUGCACCCUGCAGUCUCGGAUCCUCGCUCGCCCCCGUCUCAGAAAUCCCCUCACGACUCCAAGUCACCCCUGGAUCAUAGGUCUCCUUUGGAGAGAUCACUAGAACAGAAAAACAACCCAGACUAUAACUGGAAUGUCCGGAAAACAUAGAGGACAGCUCGGAAAACAGGAGAGCACGAGUCAUUAAGCACCUGGAUAUUUUUGGUCUGAUCCAACAGGAGCCGGUUAUCUAGACCAGUAAGUGGUGUUUCUGGACAUGCUGCUGCUGUCAGCUCAUCAGCUGAGGGGCGCUUCCGGGAGUGGGGGGCUUUGGUCGGGUCCAGCUUUGGUUUGGUCUCCACUCCUGCACCCUGGCACCCCAUCCUGCUCCAGCCUGGUUCUGGCCUCCCACUUCAAAGGGUGCUAGGAGGAAGAGGUGACUUUUAUGUCCCCGUUCCCAGCUUCACGGGCUGUGCUUCCCCAGUGAAGGAAGAAGGGACCUCAGUCGUGAAUGUUUCAUUGCCGGGGUCACUGUGCCCAGGACCUGGGUGCGGUGGUCAGGGAAGGAAUGUGUGCAUGAAGGCUGCCGGGACCUGCUGGACGGUGGACAGGGCGAGAUUUGGUUCACGGUGACGUGACGAUGCUGCUGAUGGGGUGUGGGGAUGAGUGGGUGGGGUCUUGCAUCACAGAACUUGAAGGGGGGAGCAGGUAUACCCCUCAAAUGUGUUCUUGGGAAAAGUGAUACUCUUGGGCCUCAUUGUGUGACACCUGUGUUGCAGGGGGUGGGGGUGGGGGAGGAAGGGGAACAGCUGCACAAUGGCCCUUCCCUACAAACACUAAUUUUUCCCACACUGUCUGUACAUUUCAAAGGUGUAGUCCUUCUGAAUGGGCCUCCUGGGCCGGGGAGAGUUGGGUUUGUGUGGCUGACUUUUGGGUACUGCUGAGUCAGGUGGAAGUCAGCGGGGGUCUGACUUGGUUUGGGGGGGCGGGGUAUGGCUGGAAACUGGAAUCCCUGGUGGGUUUCUGAUUCCUGUGAAGAGAAGUAAAACUCCAGGGCCUGGAGAGGAGGGGGAAGCAGAGGCAGCCUGCUGACGUGCGUGGUGCCAGCAGGUACCAAGCUGGGGUGCUUAGGUGGGAGGGUAGUGCCGGGAGGUGGGGGGAGCGUUCAGUGUUGUGCUAGGUCAGCGUUUGCUGGUGGCAGUUGAGUCCCCUUUACACAGCGCAAAGAAGGAGACGACAAGAGUCUUAUUUCUUUCCUGACACUCGUUGGGGGUGGACAGGUGAAAAGUAAGUUGUUACCUGUGGUGAACAGGCUUCCACUGUUAUUGUUAGAACUGAACUCAGUCUCUUCUAGAACAACAUCGACUCACAUGUAGACCCAAGGUAAACUUUUUUCCCAAGAUAGGAAGCCUCCAAGGACAAGGUGCAGACAGUGAGUGAGUCAGGACUGGGGGCAAGGUGGCCACACCCAUUGAGCGGGCUCCUUCCAUUUCCCGAUGCUGGGGCCUUCAUUCAUUUUAUAGAGAGCGUGCCAGGGUUGUUGGCACACCCAGAGGCGCCUCUGGAUGGAGACAGAGUGACUGACUUGAACAUGCAGUGUUGCUGUUCGCAUCCAGGCUUGGAGCUGGGGGAAAGCCUUCCACUGGGCAUACAUGGCAUUAAACUCCCCGCACAAACCUGGGGGUGCUUCAUACGAUCAUCAUCACUUACUUGCUGGUGUCCUGGGCAACACCACUGAUGCCUUUACUAACAGCCCCCUGGUUGCAUCCUGCUGGGGAAGCGGGUGCCGCUUCGGUGGCCAUCGCUUCCCACCUCACAGAACACCCCAAGGCCGGCCAGCAUGGAGCCCCAGAGCAGGUCUGGGCCCUCACGGCCCUGGCUGGGAGUCCAUGGGGCCCACCACCUCCUCAUUUACCUCCCAUGGACGUGGGGUUCUUCACCCUCCACGUGUACCACGCAUGCCCUGAGAUGGAGCUCAAGGAGCAGCAUAGGGGGCCCUGGCUAGGAUCACCUGCUGGGGACAUGCUGUGACUGCCCCGUGGGAGAAGGUAGGAGAUCAGGCCUCUGCUUUGGCGGUCAUAAGGUCAGCUUCUUGCUGGCGUUGCUAACACUACCCCAUGUUCGAGCCGCCCGGGGAAGAAGGAAGGUGAAGUGCGCUUGCCGGAUCCUGGAGAUCUGGGUGGGGCUGAGCCCCAGGUCUUCCCCUGUGGGAAGUCAGGUCACGCCCUCCUGGGGGCUCCUCCAGGCUCCCCGUUUUCUUUCACUAUGAAGAGGCCAGAAGGAGUUAUGAGACCCUGCACUUCAGUACUCAUCAAUGCUUUUUGUUGUUGAUAAGAGAUGAGAGUUAUUCCCAAAGAUCUGUCAUCAUGAGGAAGGAGGAAGUUCCUUUUGUUUGCAUACAGGACCUUGAGUGCCAUAUAAUAGAGCAAAAGGCAGUAUCAGCCAGAUCAGUGUUAAGUUGAUUCUAACAUUGCAGUAUCCCUAUAAAAGCAUCUGUUGUAGGUGUUGAAGUGUGUUUGGAGAGUGCGCUGGAGAAGGGAGGCGUUUCCUCGCUGACAUCAGUCAGUGUGAAUACUGUAUGCUUAGAUCAAACACGGACAUUUGCACAGGUGGACGCUCUCGUUUGUGGAUGGGAGCAGCUGCCCCGGGAAUCUCGGAAGAUGGUCUUCCAUGGAGCCCAACUGGGAAAGAUUUCACAGUGGGGUAGAGCGAGCGGGAUUGAGGAAGAGGGGAAUUAGCCUCACCUGAAACCCGAGGAUAAACAAGGAUUGACACAGCUACUGUCACCCUGGAAAAGGGCACUCGACCCCCAGACCCAGCAUGGCUGUCUUUCAGAGAUGGCCGGAAACAGCCGGGCUCUCCGCAGAGCCCACCCGAGGGCCCCGGGCCCCCUCCCCUCCUAGUCAUUCCCUGCGCCCUUCCCGGGAAACCAGAACACUUCUCACUUCAUGCUGCAGACAUUCUAGCCUGGCGACUGGACGCCGCAUCGGGACGCACGGUGCACACGCAGUUCAGCUACGAACCCACACGGACCCUGCGAUCCUACAGACCAAAAUGCGCCCGUCAGCAGGAGCGGGCCCGGGGCCUGCCUCGGGGGCUACCUGGCUUGCCCGGGGGCUGCCGUGCGGGCGAGGGGAGCCAGGCCAAAGGUCCAGGCUGCUUUAGUCCGUCUGCACCUCCCUCGUGCGGGGGCAGACGGUUUUUCUUUAUUGUAAAAUUGUGGACUUUUAAAAUCUGUUGACUAAACAGUAAUUAAUUUAUAUUUGUGAAAAAUGCCACUGUCCUAGUGAUUUCUGAUGUAAAUAAUGUUGUUUAUAUAGUAUGUAUUAAAUUUUCCUACAUUGUAAAACUGCUGUACUUUGGAUUCUUGGAUAUUAAAAGGUGUUACUAAGGA